AAAGAAACACGAUUUCUGCUUUAAUAAUUAGCACUUCUUCUUCGUCAAGCGUGCGCGCCUUUUUCUCCACCAAUUCCGUCAUGAAUUAGGGCUACGUGAAUUGGGGAAGUUGGCGGACGACGUCGUUUCCAUAACAAAAUCAGAAAAAAAAGGAAAAAAAGAAAAACCAAAUCGGAAUCCUUUCCAAAAUAUACAAUCAAGAGGAAAUUCCCUUCUUCAAGAAUCAACAACAAAUCCUCCUCCGAACCACUUCUCAUUUGAUAAUCCAGAAAAAGGAGAAAUACGCUAGAGAGAGAGAGAAAGAAAAAAAACACGAAUUCGUACAAAUAAUUUAUGUGAUCGGAGGCGAUGUACAGCAGUUUCAAAGAACAAGCGAUCGAGUAUGCACGGAAGGCGGUUGCGGAGGACAACGCCGGAAACUACGCCAACGCCUUUCCUCUGUACAUGAACGCGUUGGAGUAUUUCCGUACCCAUCUCAAGUACGAAAAGAACCCUAAAAUUAAGGAUGCCAUCAUGCAGAAGUUCAACGAGUAUCUGCACCGGGCCGAGGAGAUUCGGGCCGUGCUCGACGAGGGCGGGCCCGGACCGGCGGCGAAUGGGGAUGCUGCUGUGGCGGCCCGGCCCAAGACCAAGCCGAAGGAUGGCAGUGAUGGGGAGGAUGGGGAUAAGGAUAAGUUUCGUGCUGGAUUGAAUUCCGCCAUUGUUAGAGAAAAGCCUAACGUUAAGUGGAGUGAUGUUGCGGGGUUAGAGAGCGCGAAGCAGGCGCUACACGAGGCCGUCGUUCUGCCUGUUCAUUUUCCGCAUUUUUUUACCGGCAAAAGGCGCCCGUGGAGAGCUUUUCUUUUGUACGGUCCUCCUGGAACAGGAAAGUCGUACUUAGCCAAGGCUGUUGCCACGGAAACUGACUCGACUUUCUUCAGUAUUUCUUCUUCGGACUUGGUUUCAAAGUGGAUGGGUGAAAGUGAAAAGCUAGUUUCUAAUCUCUUCCAAAUGGCUCGUGAGAGUUCUCCCUCCAUCAUAUUUAUUGAUGAAAUAGAUUCCCUGUGUGGCCAGCGUGGAGAAGGGAAUGAGAGUGAAGCUUCGAGACGAAUCAAAACAGAAUUGCUGGUCCAGAUGCAGGGGGUGGGUCACAGUGAUGAUAAAGUUCUUGUUCUUGCUGCGACGAAUACCCCAUAUGCACUUGAUCAGGCCAUUCGGCGACGAUUUGACAAGCGCAUUUACAUUCCUCUCCCCGACGUGAAGGCACGUCAACAGAUGUUCAAAGUGCAUUUAGGAGAUACCCCUCAUAACUUGACUGAAAGUGAUUAUGAAGUCCUAGCUCGUAAAACCGAAGGUUUUUCUGGUUCGGACAUUGCUGUUUGUGUCAAGGAUGUCUUAUUUGAGCCUGUACGUAAAACACAAGAUGCCAUGUUUUUCAUCGAGAACUCUAAUGGUAUGUGGGUGCCUUGUGGGUCCAAGCAAUAUUCAGGUGCUGUCCAGAUAUCCAUGCUCGAGCUUGCUGCACAAGGACUGGCUGCAAAGAUUCUUCCACCUCCGAUAUCAAGAAGAGACUUUGAUAAGGUGCUCGCACGACAGAGACCAACAGUUAGUAAAUCUGACCUCAAUGUGCAUGAGAGAUUUACAAAGGAGUUUGGCGAGGAAGGCUGACGAAACUUGAGGCACAAGCUUUGGUGCCGUUUUUAUUUUAGCAGGAAGGUAAUCUAACUUCUUUUUUUUUUUUCUUUUCGUAUUUUCUUCCAAUAUUGAGCAGGAAAACGAGCCAACGCUUGUAUUUAUUACUGUGUACAAUACUCAACUGUUCAUGAGGAAUAUUGUUAAUAUGAUAUACGCUCUUUCUAAGCUGGUAUAUCAAUUUUGCAAUAAAUGAGUCUCGGUUUAGUAUUUU